AUGAUUACCAGGAAGGCGAUGUGCAGGCGCGCGUGGCGCGGUGGCUGCCACGCCUCCGCGCUAGCAACUCGGCGCUACAGCGGCCUGGCGAAUUCCGUCAGCCUGGAAGUGGCGCGCGCCUGUAGCCUCUGGGCGAGGAGGGAGCCCAGGGUGGUGGCUGGCAAGAACUCGGCUGGCAGCGACAUCAUGCUCCUGGCUGCCAGACACCUCGGACUCCCGGAUUCCGAGCAGCUAUGGCGACUCUCACCGCAGUCCCGGCAGGGCAGGUUGCCCAGCGUGGUCAGCCAUACGAAAAUAGUCUACCAGGAUGCCGUUGCCGGCGACCGCGACGGACAGCAUAACGACAUAUGGCUGGGCCACGCAAGAUACCGUAGCUACAUUGCCCUCACGAUGCACGGGCCCUCGGGAGUAGGCGGUUUGGACUGGUGGGCAGGCCUGGGUGACAAGGCUGCCACGUUGGAGGCAGGGGAGUGCGUUGAUUCGUUAAUGCGUAGCGACGCCACCAGCGGUGAAGGGGUCAACCAUGCGGAGGGCGACCCAACGUCGCGCACGGACACCACGAUAUUCGUGUAUCCCUACUCCAGAAAAAGCUCGCAGCUAAUCGUGGAGACGCUGAAUAAGCAUCGCAAGGGGCUGACGGAAACGGAUAUACGCAGCCUUAUCUACCUAUGCGGUUCCACCGGCAGCAGCAGGGCGCUGAGGUUCCUGGGCCAGCUGAUACGCGAACAGUGCAGAGGUAAAGAAACUGCAAGCGCCAUCCAUCGCGUGGAGGAGCAUGCGUGGCCCUGGAUGAACCACGGCUCGAUGGACAACGUUGCCCAGAUAGGGGUACCCGUAGUGCUCGACGCACUGGCCAGCGCCGCGAUAAUACAGUACACCUUCGAAAAGGAGAGUGCCGUUUUCGACUACAUAGGCUCCCAGUUGCAGAAGCUCGAUGCGAAGAUAAAGGAGGAAGGCGCGGCCGUGGCUGACGAGGUCAAGGCACUGGACGAGGCGGUACUCAGCCGCGUGGUUAACCUGCUGGUGCUCAAGAGGAACCUGUCGCAGUUCAACAGCGACCACAUCAGGGUAUUCAGCGAUUUCAUCUGCGACCGGUUGCACCGAAUUGACCCCAGAAGCGUCGCCAACAUCGCCUUCUCUCUCGGGCACUCCAAGCACCUCGACGAGUUCUGGAUGUUCAUGAUGGCGAAGCGCAUACAAGAUUCGCCGCACGAGUUCGGGCCCGACGAAGUUGCGGCGAUCAUGGAUGCAUACAGCAACGCCUGUCUGGAGGACCACGAGUUCUACGCGACGCUCUGCAAGCAGGUCGCCGACAACUUCGAGCACCACAACUUGCAGCACCUCACCGUGAUCCUGAGGGCGCUGGCACGCGUGCGUGUGCGGGACGAGUGGCUGCUGGAAAACACGCUGAACCGGCUUCAGGCCCACCUGAAGGAACGGGAAAACCUAAGCGACGACAAGGGCACGGGCCGCGAGCUCGCCUACAUGACGGCGAACUGCGUCGUUGCCGCUGGAGACCUUGGCUACGUUGGCAACUGCAAUUUCGAUGUCAUGUGGAGGCUGCUCACCACCAGGAUCAGGGAUUCCUCGUUCGACAUCUGCGCAAUCAACUGGCUGCCGCUGGCCGCCAUGACCUUCGCCAGCAGGACCACGCUGCAGACGUUCAUGCCCGUCUGGCUCAGGCACGUCCUCCACACCAUACAGAAGCUGAGGUCGAAAACGUUCGUGCUCACGAUACAGCGGAGGCACCACCUUGUGCGGCACGUGUUCAGGCUGGGGAUAUUGCCUCCACAACUGCUCCCGAGACACGCCCAAAGCAUCCUCGACGACAUCUGCGACCGCGAAUACGUCACGGGGAAGGUGCCGGAGGAGUACGUCCCAGAGAGCUCCACGUUUCACCUGGAGGUAUGCGCCUGUCUACGCGCCCUGGACGUGGCGCACCAGAGGGAAAUCAAUAUCGUACCCUUCGUCAUGGACAUCGUCGUGCCGCCAAAGGUGAGAAACCACGCGAAUGCGCAGACAUAUGCGCACAGAAAGAGUACAGCAUCAAGCCGCCACAAAUAUGCGAAGCACACAGACUGUCUGACAAGGUCAGAAGCGGGCAUACCGACGAACUCAGCGCCGCCGGGUUCAGACUCAAGUACACACGACACUCACCCAACCACCGCAAACGCAAGCAGGAAAUCUACGUCUACGACAAAAACGAUGGAUGAAAUCGAAUCGUAUCGCAACAGGCACCAUCAGGCCUACCUCGCGCGCAAAAGCGCCGACGAGAAGGCCCAGGCACGCGAGACGCAUAGCCAGCGCCCCGCGCCAGCUGCAGACUGCGGAAUCACGCCGCCAGCGCAACAGCCGCAUCAGACGGUGGGCUACGGCGAGCAACCUGUCGUCAAGGGCGAGAUUCCGCAAGGUUACGACUACAUGGAUUACGAGGGGGACCCAAUGUACGAGUCGUCCGUGGCUCUCGCGCGCCGACUCCAGGAGGAGCUCAACGGGCCGCAGCCGCAGCGAGAUGAGGUGCGGCCGCCGGACUCAGUCUACCAGGAGCGCAUGAUCAGUUCGGAAAACGAGGAUGACGAUCUGCAGGCAGCCAUCGCAAAAUCGCUCAUCGACAUGUAG